CGAGCAGCUGGCCUCAUAAAGAACAGCGAAUAUCAACAAUAAUUCAUCUGAGAUUUUUGUUUUGUCAGCGUAAAUAGUGAACACUAAAUGUUUCCUAGAUGCAUAAGGUAAUCAUAGGAAAGAAGCGUCUUAAGAGAUUGGUUUCUCUUCCUACAACGGGCACUAGAAAAUGGCGAUCGAAAGACUCCCGCGAAGGGCCGACGGGUUCGGGAUUUGGAAAACCAAGUGUUUACCAUGCCACAGUAGUAAUCUUCCUGGAAUUUUUUGCCUGGGGUCUUCUCACAUCACCUAUGUUAACAGUCCUACACAACACAUUCCAGCAACACACAUUUCUAAUGAAUGGAUUAAUUCAGGGAGUUAAGGGAAUAUUAUCUUUUCUGUGUGCUCCACUAAUUGGUGCCCUUUCGGAUGUUUGGGGACGUAAAUCCUUUCUACUUGUAACUGUUUUCUUCACUUGCAUACCUAUCCCUCUUCUACAAUUUAACCCAUGGUGGUUUUUUGCUAUGAUCUCAGUUUCUGGGAUGUUUGCAGUCACCUUUUCAAUAGCAUUUGCCUAUGUAGCUGACUGUACCGACGAAGGUGAUAGAAGCACUGCUUAUGGACUGGUUUCUGCUACAUUUGCAGCAAGUCUAAUCAUAAGUCCAGCACUCGGAGCAUAUCUUGGUAGAAUAUAUGAUGACAGGGCUGUUGUGGCGCUAGCUACUUUUGUGGCUGCUUCAGAUCUGUUGUUUAUUUUAGUUGCUGUUCCCGAGUCUCUCCCUGAACGGGUGAGGCCAGCAUCUUGGGGAGCACCAAUCUCCUGGGAACAGGCUGAUCCUUUUGCCUCUUUACGCAAAGUUGGCCAGGAUCCUAUAGUUCUGUUGAUGUGUAUUACAGUGUUCCUGUCAUAUCUACCUGAAGCUGGCCAGUAUUCUUGUAUGUUUCUGUAUCUCAAGCAAGUUAUAAAAUUUACUUCAGACGAUGUGGCUACAUUUAUAGCAGUGUUAGGUGUAUUAUCAGUUAUCUCCCAGACUGUAGUCCUUACAUGUCUCAAGAAAACUAUAGGAUUGAAGAAUUGCGUUCUUAUUGGUUUAAUAUUUGAAAUUCUUCAGUUAUCUUGGUAUGGUCUCGGAACUCAGUUUUGGAUGAUGUGGGCAGCUGGAUCCCUGGCGUCAAUAUCGAUGAUAACAUAUCCAUCCAUGAGUGCCCUGGUGUCCUGUAACGCUGAAGCUGAUCAGCAAGGUGUGGUUCAAGGUAUGAUAACAGGAAUAAGAGGCUUGUGUAAUGGCAUAGGACCUGCUCUUUUUGGCUUGGUGUUUUACGUGUUUCAUGUGGAUUUAGAAGACGAGGAAGGUCCAACUGUCGAUAUCACUGCUGCAAGUAAUCACACCAUUAUGGAGGACCCGUACGGCAAGACAAUCGUAUCUGGAGCACCGUUUCUAUUCGGCGCUGGCUCUGUUAUUCUUUCUCUUCUAUUGGCGUUCUUCCUUCCUGAUAACAGUGCUAAUUUUCAGCUUAGUGCACGUUCUCCAACCAGGAGAAACAGCGAAUUUAGUUUCCAAAGCGAGUGCGAGGCUAGUGGCUCUGAGUUAAGGGACAUGAAUACGUCAUCUGAUAAUGCACCUCUUCUCUGCGACACCAAGCCACUUUAGGACCUCAACGGUCUCUCAAGUACAACCAUGUACGCAGUGGAAAUACUGAUUCUUAUCUGACAAACAACCUUAGUUAGGAGCCCUUUUUGGAAGGCUCAUAGAAUGGAUGCAAGUUGAUCAAGACCCCUUAACGAAAGGAAAAGCGACCACGUAACACACGCUGCGUCUUGUGAAAGCAGAACGUGAGAGACUUUGUAAAGCAAAAUGGAAAAUAUGAUCUUGAUUGACAACUGCAUUGUAUUUUUCUCAAAAGCACUAUGAACAAAUUAUUCAAAUUGUCCUGACACGGAGGAGAUGACCGUUAAAGUCUAGAGAGAGUAGUAGGGAUAGCUAAGUCAUAACGAUUUGUCUUCCAGGAGUAACAAACAGCGACACAAGUCAGUUAUCCACGGUGUUUUAAAACCGUAUUGCUUUUUAGGUAAAGUUCAAAGCAAAGUGUUGAAUCAACAGAAUUUCCGUAAUUUAAUAAGCCUCGUGUUUGAAAGUGUCAAGUUUUCCCCUUCCCAAUUUUUUGUUUUUGUUUUACAAAUUUCCCUAAACGUUUCGCUUUUUCAUGCAUGUUUUGCUUGACAGCGGUCGUUUCUUAUGUUUUCUUUCAACAUUUUCGCGGGAAAUUGACGCGCGGCUGCGCAAAAUUGAACCACUUGCACAUGCUUUACGUUUGACCGCUGAGUUGUCACAUGCAGUGAAACCGAAAAAUCAAAACAAUUCCUGAUUC